CACACGUUGCGCUUCUCGUUUCUCACUUGUCGAGGCAAAAUGUCGGUGCUCAGCUGUUUGCGUUCGGGCUCUUCUGCUCUGAAAAAUGCCUCGAAUGCGGGAAAAUGCAUGACGAUAGUGAAGCGAGAGAUGGGCAGUCAAGGCCCAGCGAAGAUGUUUAUUACACCAUCCCGUUGGCAGUGGCACAAGUUCAAGGACAUGUUCCACUUCUAUGUCAUGCUUGGACUCAUCCCUGUUGGACUGAUUGUUUUUGCUUCGAAUGUGUUCAUUGGUCCAGCAAAGCUUUCUCCAAUCCCUGAAGACUACACCCCAAAGCACUGGGAAUAUUAUUCGCACCCAAUAUCACGCUUCCUAGCAAGAUAUUUGUAUACCAGCCAUCAGCAGGAUUAUGAAAAGUAUCUUCACUUCAUGUAUGAGGAAAAUGAGAAGAAGCAAAUGAG